UUUUCAGAGAACAUUCUUAAGACAAUCCAACAGCUUAGACCUUCCCUUAAGAGCCAUGAGUUGUCAUUCCACAUUCUUAGAUUUCUCAGUAUCCACCAAACCCUUUCUUUUCUACUCUAAUCACUUGUACUUUCAUGGAGAAAUCUCUGAAAUUUGUACCAAAUUGCCUACCAAAAUCAACAUCUCAACAAAAAUUGGAGGAACUAGAAGAAGAAGAAAUCACAGAUUCAAAUCUCAAUCAAGUCCUACUCAAGCUAUUACAGCUGAAAUUGAACAAAACAAAAGAUUGGAGGAAGUUGUUGGUGUUUAGAGAGGAAUGGAGAAAGUACAGUGAGAAAUUUUACAAGAGGAAACUGAAAAAGAUUGAUGAUGAAAUAGAAAGGCAUAGUGAGCUACUCAAAGAGAUAGAGCAGAGCCCAACUGAUAUCAAUGCAGUUGUGGCUAAGCGGCGUAAGGAUUUCAAUGAGGAGUUUUUCCGUCAUCUUACUUUACUAUCCGAGGCUUAUGAUAUAGCUUGGAUCACCGUGAUGCAAUAUCUAGGCUUGGAGCUGGAUGCCUCACUGCAAUCUGUGCUUAUGAUAACACAGUUGAAACUGCGAUAACGCUAGAAGCUGGUUAAGCUAAAUUUCACUAGUUGCGGUAUGUGAGAAGAUCAAACGUUUAGGAAAGGAAAAAGAGCUUGAUUCCUCAUUGAUCUUGUUGAUAAAUAGUACUUGUGGUGCAGCAGGUGCAGCAAAAGAAUCGCCAAACCAUGAAGAUUGAGAAAUAUCCAGGCUUGGAACUAGAUGCCUGUCUGCAAUCUGUGCUUAUGGUAAUAACGCAGUUGAAAAUGCGGAAACACUAGAUGCUGCUCAAGCUAUAUUUGACGAUAUACUCCAUCACUAGAUGAGGCAUGUGAGAAGAUCGAAAGCUUGGGAAAGACAAAAGAGAGCUUGAUUCCUCAUUGAUAUUGUUCAUAAACAGUGCUUGGGGAGCAGCAAAAGAAUCGCCAACCAUGAAGAAUGAGAUCGGUUGUGCAGAGGACGAUGAUCGUAAAGUUGCUCACACUUGCUUCCAGUGCAACAAAGAAAUCCACAAAUCAUGAUAUUGUUAAGUUUUUAAAAGUGUUGGGGCAGAGUUUGGUGCAUGUCAAAAUGCUAUUACGACAGCAGAUGAAACGAUAUAUGAAUUGCUUCUGCCUGUCGACAAGCUUGAACUAUUAUCACAAGCAAUAUCAGUCCUAGUAGAGUUUAGCUCUGAGGUUCGUGUUUCAGCA